ACAGCCAGGGAUGAUGUGCUACUGCUGCCACUGCCACUGGCGCCGCCGCUGUCAGCGGCUACCCUGUGCCCUGACACUGUUGCUGCUACUGCCACUCGCAGUGGCCUCUGAGGGCCCAAACCGCUGUGAGACCAUAUACCAAGGCUUUGCUGAAUGUCUCAUCCGCCUGGGGGAUGGCAUGGGCCGAGGAGGCGAGCUACAGACCGUCUGCAGAUCCUGGAAUGAAUUCCACGCCUGUGCCUCUCGGGUCCUGUCAGGCUGCCCAGAGGAGGCUGCUGCAGUGUGGGAGUCACUGCAGCAAGAAGCUCGCCGUGCCCCACACCCAGAUAACUUGCACAUCCUCUGUGGCGCUCCUGUGAGUGUUCGGGAGCGGAUUGCUGGCCCAGAGACCAACCAGGAGACACUACGGGCCACAGCUCCUGCCCUGGCUUCAGCCCCAGCCCCUGCGUUGCUCGCUGCUGCUCUGGCGCUUGCCUGCCUCCUGGGGCCUCUGGCCUAAACAGUCUGGUUGGCCAGCCAACAGUGCCCUUGCCUCCCAUCACUGCAUGCAGUGAGUGGCUGCCAUGUGAGCUCUGCAGAAUAUGCACACUUUUCAUUAAAGGUAUUUAUAUUUACAACAA